GUCUUCACUAUUAUUCUACAAUGUAGAAAAUAGUCAAAUAAAGAAAAACCCUUGAAUGAGUAGGUGUUUAAACUUUUGACCUGUACUGUACAAUGUUGUAACCUACAAGGCCUCAGGUUUUACCCACUUUGCCUUGCUUUGUUGUUAGAAUGUCUUCAAUGUCAGAAGCAGACUCCCGCUGUAAACCGGGAGACACCAUCUGUAAUAUCAGUGUGUACGAGCAAGAAGUGAUCAUCGUGCCCAUCCUCCUAUUGGCUAGCUUCCUGGUCAUGCUGGUCUUCAUCAUCCUGCUACGGUACUGUCCUGAGAAGGUGGACCGCAUCCGACCACAGAACACUAUGGCCACGUCCAGAUCACAGCGCUCCAGAAGACAACUGCACGGCAUUGAUGCUCCCCUGGGUAUCAACCCCCUGGAACAUGAGACUAUUGCUCUCGAUGCACCCUCCUACUCUACCUUCUCCCCAACUCACUCCCACCCCUCCUCAAAUUGUCUCUCCUUCUCUGUGAGGACUCCCUCUCUCCCCCCUAUCCCCCCACCCAAGACCUUUACCACAUCCUCCCCGUCCAGCCCCCUGCCCCAGGCGUUGACACGUUCCUUCACCCCUAUGGUCCAGCCCAGGGAGCUGCCUCGCCAGAGGCUGCCAGAGUCCUUCAACCUAGUGGCCUCGCUGCCCGCAGCCUUCUCCCUGCGCUCUGAUAAGGCUGUCUCCCUCUACAGGGCCCGCAUGGACAACAGGAACGCUGUGCUCCGAGUGCUCAACGACUCUGCGAGCGCCACAGAGAGGCACAACUUCCUGGGCUUUGCUUCCUUCUUGUCCCAGCUGGGGCCACACCCCUUCCUGCCGGAGCUCCUGGGCGUGGUUUCUCUGCGUGUGCCCCUAGUUACUGUUGUUGAGGAGCUAGAGAACAGAGAUUUGCUCAGCUUCCUGUGGCGGUGCAGACAGGAUGGUGUGGGCGGGGACCCUCCAUGUGAGAUCACAGAGAGACGUAUAUUUACCAUGGCCAAACAGGUAGCCUCUGCUCUGGAGUUCCUCCACAGCCGAGACCUUCUUCAUGGCAACGUCCGUGCUCACAGCGUAUUGGUCAGCCGGGAGCUGACGGCCAAGCUGUGGGGACUGGGCGGGGUCUACACCAGGAAUACCCAGGGAGCUACUCAGACUGAAGUUCCUGGCAUGAAGAAAUGGCAGGCCCCCGAGCUAUUGGCUAGGAGGCCUGCCAAUCAUAGCAGUGACGUCUGGUCAUUUGGCAUCUUGUUGUUUGAAAUGGCGACCUUGGGUGAUGCUCCGUUUUCAGAUAUCUCCGUCAACGAGCUUCUACAGUUUCACCAGAGAGGGAAAACACUGAGAAAGCCAGCCAACUGCUCCAACUCACUGUACUCCAUCAUAAAGGCCUGCUGCCAAUGGAAGGAGCAGGAUCGCGCCACAUUGGCUGAGGUCGACCGCAAGCUCCAGUCAGGAGAGAAGAGUGCCAACGACAAAGUCCUCAAGGUGCCUGAGCCAAUCAACAUCGAGCAGUACCUGCAAGAGGCUGGAUAUGGAGAGUCCAACAGCUACACUGUUUUCUGAGUGGCGGCUGUGCCGGCCAACGAAAUGCACUAUGCUGAGGGACGACGGUGGAUAUUUAUAUAUGUUUGCCUCCAUUCAUUCCAGAAUAUUCAUUUCCUUCUGCCCUUAUUCAUGUCUUUGUACCAUAGACUUAAGAUAGGUAUAGUUGAACAGACACAAUCGUUGAGUCAACCUCAGUUUGUAGUUGAUUGUGUAUACCAGUAGAGGCUGCUGAGGGGAGGACGGCUCAUAAUAAUGGCCAGAAUGGAGGUAAUGGAAUGGUAUCAAUUUCAUGUGUUGGAUACCAUUCCAUUAACUCAAUUCCAGCCCUUCCACUCCAUUCUAGCCAUUAUUAUGAGCCGUCCUCUCCUCAGCAGGGUCCACUGAUGUACACUACUGUUCAAAGGUUUGGGGUCACGAACACAACGUGCCAUUGGAACACAGGAGGGAUGGUUGCUGAUAAUGGGCCUCUGUAUGCCUGUAUAGAUAUUCCACUAGAAAUCAUCCGUUUCUAGCUACAAUAGUCAUUUACAAUAUUAACAAUGUCUACACUGUAUUUCUGAUCAAUUUGAUGUUAUUUUAAUGGACAAAAAAAAUGCUUUUCUUUAAAAAACAAGGACAUUUCUAAGUGACCCCAAACUUUUGAACGGUAGUGUAUAUACUGUAUAUCAGGGAUGGGCAACUCCAGUCCUCAGGGGCCUGAUUGGUGCCACACUUGUGUCCUAGCCCCAGCUAACGUACCUGACUCCAAUAAUCAACUAAUCAUGAUCUUCAGUUGAAAAUGCAUUUAGUUGAAUCACCUGUGUUUGCUAGGGAUGGGGAAAAGUGUGACACCACUCCGGCUCCCGAGGACUGGAGUUGCCCAUCCCUGCUGUUUAUUAAGGUUUACAAAUCUUGUCUUCAAAAUGAUUGUGUAAUAGGAGUAAUAAUAUAUGACUAGAAAUCA